GGCGACUUGUACGUUCAUCGUACAAAUGUCCCUGCCGACGAAUCUGUCUCGCUUGGCGCGGCUAAUGAUGCAAACAGCUAACACGGCACAACGCAGCUGCAGACGCACGAGAGAAAACAGAGAAACUGCCGUUGAUUGAUUACACGACACCACACUAUACAGCGCGUGCCUGCCACUUGAAAAAACCUUCCUCUCGUCGCGUGCCGGCCUCUCUCAAUGCAUUGCCAGACGCACAAUUACACACACAUACGCAGAGAUACACCCACACAGAUCUCUCGCUGACCCACCCGAAUCGACCCGUCUGCUUGGGCUACACAGCGUCGUAUAUGAGAGUGCGCUCGUCCGCCUCGAGCGGCCGCACACGCGGCAGCCUCCGAGGCGACCACUGCCCUGCCAUCUGCGACCAUGUGCGCGGCGACCACUGCCCACCCCGCCGUGUGGUUCCAUCAUGGGUGAAACGGACAGGCCGGAACCAUCUGCACACAUGGAUGGAUGGAUGGAUAAGCAGAGAGAGAGAGGCCCCUUGUGUGUAUGUGAUUGCUGUGGUCGUGUGGUGUGGUGGGUGCCACCGUUGGGUGGUACCUGAGCGACAGGGAGCAUCCGACCACGAUGAGCGAGCUGCAGGCCAUGGCGGCGCCUGCCAGGGGAGGCGGGAUGGUCAGCGGAUAGAACAGCCCCGCUGCCAAUGGCAGGCCGAUCAGGUUGAAGAUACACGCCCAGAAGAAAUUGCUGCAUUGCAAGCACAGACGACCUGAGAGGUGUGGUGCUGAUGCACGUCUGGUCUGUCCUUUUGUCUGUCUGUCUGUCUGUCUGACCAUCUGAUGACAAAUAUGGUGGUUCUGCAAAGCUUGAAGAACGUUGCCAGGUCGGCGAGGCCGGUGCGCAUGAGCACCACGUCGGCCGCAGCGAUCGUCACCUGCGCCCCCGCCCCAACCGCAAUGCCCACGUCGGCCUGGGCCAACGCUGGCGAGUCGUUGAUGCCGUCACCAGCCAUCACAACGGUCCCUGUGGCACAACACAGCACACACCACAACACCCCACACAUGAGGGACGAAGGUGCAUUAUCCUUACCGCGCCGUGUUGUGCUGUGGUGUGCUGUGCUGAGUCACCUUUCUUGUCGUUUGCGAGUUUCUGCACCAGCUUGCAUUUGUCCGCAGGCAGCGCGGGCGCGACGACCUUGUCGAUCUCCAGCCCCACCUUGCGGCCGACCGCAUGUGCGGUGCUGGCGUUGUCGCCCGAGCACAUCCACACGUCCAUGUGUCCGCCCUCCGACCCCCGCAGCCACCCCAGGCACGCCGCGCUAUCCUCAUGCACCUCAUCUCGCAACGCCACCGCCCCCAGGCACACAAACCCCACGUGCAACACCGCCACCGUGCAGCCGUCGGCCUGCUCCCGCCCCACCCACCCCUCGAGCAAAGGCCAGUCGGGAGUGGUGUUGGUGCUGGCGGACGGCAGCAGACAGCCGCAGUUGGGGCCGUUGACCAUGCACCGGCAGGGGUCGCACCGACACAUGGGCGAGUUGCACUUCCCAGGGGCGCCACUCCCUUUGUCUGCUGUGUCGUCUGUUGUGGGCCGUGGGGUGCGGUUGGGGCUCCGGGCGGCAGCGAGGCUGAGGACGCCGACUUGGCGGCCGGCCACGCGGCACUCCACCCCCUUGCCCGGCAGGUUCUGGAAGUCUGUCGGCUCGGCGAAGGGCGCCAGCCCUGGCUGCUUGGCCGCGUGCUCGGCGAUGGCCCGCCCCAGCGGGUGCUCGCUGAGCGACUCGACAGACCCCAGCAGCCACCAGAACCACCGCAUACCCUUCUGCACCUCAUCGUGUGAGCACCCCUUGCUGCUGUUGCGCAGCACGUCGGUAUUCUCAAUGGGAGGCGGCGGCGACACGGCGAUCUCGCCCUCUGAUGCGGUGGUCUCGGCCCCAGAGAAAUACACCUCGCUCGACGAGCUGUUAAUCGUGUCGCGGGCGGUGUCGCGGUCGCUGUGCGGGGGCGUGAGUAUGCCGCCUGACGCCGUGCACAGCUUGGCGGCGGGGAAGGAGGUCGGUAAGAUGGCGGCCGCGACCACGACCGGCUUUCCCUUCGUCAGAGUGCCGGUCUUGUCCAACACGAGGCUCUUUGCGUGCGCGCCCGACUCGAGAGGCGCCCCACCCUUGAUCAGUAUGCCGUGCUCGGCCGCGAGCCCGGUGGCGACCAUCACAGCUGUCGGGGUGGCCAGACCUGCGCGCACACAGAGGGAGAGGGAGGGUCAUCUCAUCAGAUCGGUCAGAGGUCCGUAUGGCAUAGCAUGGGUACCGAGGGCACAUGGGCAGGCGAUGGCGAGCACGGCGAUGCCGAACCUGAGUGCGAACAUGGCCUUGGUGGCCGUGGGGUGGGGGUCGUCUGCGGGGUCGAUGCCGGGCACGCGGGGAGCGAUGACGCCCGUGAACACCAGAGCGAACCACACGACCGACGUCACAGCCGCCAGCAUAGCCACACACGGCACAAAGUACCUGAAUGGGAGAGGAGGAGGAGGAGGAGGAGGAAGAAGGCAGGCGGCCAUGCAUCCUCGGUGUGUGUCGCAUGUGUGGAUCGAUUUGCACACCCCGCGAUUCUGUCGGCCAGUUGCUGCGACUGCGUUUUGGAGGUCUGGGCCUCCUCGACCAGCUUGACAAUCUGGCCAAGAGCGGUCUGGCCGCCGAUCUUGGUGGUCUGCAGCAGCAUCCCCCCCGACAGGCACGUGCUGCCCCCCAGCACCAUGUUGCCGUGCUCCUUCUCCACCGGCCGGCUCUCCCCCGUGAUGAGGCUCUCGUCCACCGACACGAUGCCGUGACUCACUUGGAUGCCGUCGACGGGGAUCAGCCCGCCCGGGUAGACCUUGAGAGUGUCUCCGAUCUCUAUCAGAUCGGUGGUGAUCUCUCUCUCGGUCUCGGUGCCGUCGGCUGCUUGAGGCUGGAGGAACGCUGUGGUGGGUUUGAGGGCCAGCAGAUGGUCGAGAGCUGCCAUGGUGCGGUGCUUGGCGUGGUGCUCCAGCAGCUUGCCAACCAUCACCACCGUGAUCAGGAUGACCGACGUGUCGAAGAAGGUCAUCGGAUCCUCGACGAUUCCCCCUUUUAUCUGCCCAUGGUCCUCCACCGCCCCCGCAACAGCCGCAAACACCAGCACACCCACCGAGUAAAGAUACGCCAUAUUGGUCGCCAGGCUGACCAGCACGUCCAUGUUGGCCGCGCCGUGCUUGAGUGCCGCGUACGCCCCCGUGUGGAACCGCCGGCCCCACCACAGCUGCACGGGCGUCGCGAGCACCAGCUGCAGGGCCGCCGCGACAGAGAGAGAGACGUGAGGGAUGAGAGGCCGGCGCAGGAAGGACGGCAGAUUUUCUGGAUCAGUGGUCGACAGGAUGAACACCAGAAUGGCCGGCAAGAUGCUGAUGGACCACACAUGCAGGCAGACACACAGAAGAGUGCGUCUUUCUCUGUGCGCUUUGUGCUGCUUGGUGCAGUUGGUCGCCGACCAGCAGAAGAUGUCCCCGCGUAUCUGCCGCUGUGUCCGCUUCAUCUUGUCGUGCUCUCCCCCAUCGCUCUCGGCGCUCCACUCGGCGUCGUACCCCGCCUCGCGCAGCAGCCGCAAGAUGCUUCGCGCACCAACCACAUGAGGGUUGUACGACACAGUGACGCGCACGCCGUCCGGUAGAGAUGACCGUGACCGGGCCGCCUUGGUCUGGCGGCUUCUGAUGCAGCCGAGGAUGCCGUCAGUGCCCGUCAGAAAGCUCUCCACGCCGGCGGCCUCGUCGGCGGUCGAAGCACUCUUGACAUGGACUCUCAGGUGAGCAACGGCCUGACCCAUCAACACGCAACAUGUGUGUGUCAUGUGUCUGCCCGCUCUCUCUGUUCCUCGAUCGGCUCACGUCGGAGUGUCCUUCUGUCGUGUCCUCUAAUGGCUGGUCGCUGGCGAGAGUGGCGUCAUAUCCGACCAUCUCAAUGUACUCGCACAGGUCAUCGGCACUCACACGCGCGCCGUCGUACUCUAUGGACGCUCGGUUGCGAAUCAGAUUGACAGACACGCCACGGAUGCCCUGCACACACACACAGAGGGAGGGAGGCAACGUGUGCCCGUCCACCUGACACGCCCUUCCCCCCCACUCACCUGUUUCUUCUUGAGGUGUUCCUCGACGGUCUUGACGCACGAGGCACACGUCAUGCCGCCCACAGUGAUCUCGGCGUGGCGCCAGCUGGCCGCGUGGGCGGGGGAGCCCCUGGACAUCCGUCGGGGGCUCGCGUCCGUGUCGGCCGUCACCUGGUGAUAACAAGACCAUGCGUGCAGACGGUUAAGAGAGUUUGAUGCUGGCUGGGCUGACUGACCUCGGCAUCGAAUCCGAUGUCAUCAAUUGCUGAGGCAAGCUCGGAGGCACUCAUCUGAUGUGUCACACAAAGGACAGGGAGUCGUUGCUUCUUCCCUUUUUCGGCGUGGGUCCGUUUGUGUAGCGUUCGUACUGUGGUGGGGUGGUAUUUGACAGUAGCCUUCUCUGUCAGGAGGUUGACGUGUGCCGACUCCACGCCAGGAAACUGCCGCAGCCGGCCCUCCACCGCGCCAACACACGAGCCACAGGUCAUCCCUGCAUAGCACAGCCAACGAAGGAAACAAGUGAAUGAAUCACAUCAGGCCGUGAACAGAAAACCUUGGACGAUGCCCGGACCUACCUUGGAUGCGCAGCUCGGCCCUCCGCAUGGGUUUCGGCUCAUCGGCCAUCUGUCAGGCAGCAAACAUAGGUCACACCAAAGAACGCACCCAUUUCCGCCUUUCCCCCGCCAUCCUACGUGACGCACUUUCAGACUUUUGGGGCCUCUUUGCGUGGACACACGUGCACGCAAGCACGAUUAUCUUCAC